GAGCGCGGGCGGCGGGCGGCGGCGGCGCGCGCCGGGCCUCCUCCUCCUCCUCCUCCCCCAGCACUCGAGCAGCCACCGCCGGCCGGAGGGACAUCGCUCCCGCUGCCUCCGCUCCACCCGCUGCGCCCUCGCCGUGCGCACUCGCCCGGCAUGUCGGCGGCUGUGGCCUGCGUGGAUUACUUCGCUGCCGACGUCCUCAUGGCCAUCUCUUCGGGUGCCGUGGUGCACCGCGGGCGGCCCAGCCCCGAGGGCGCGGGCCCGUCUGCCGGCCUAGAAGUGCGGGCGGCGCGCCGUGAAUCCGCCUCGCCCGGGACCCCGGGGCCACCUCCGCCGCCCUCCACCGUCCCCUCUGACCAGUGCACCGGUGGUGCCUCCGCCGCUGCGCCCCACCUGCUGGCGGCCAGCAUCCUGGCCGACCUGCGCGGCGGGCCCGGAGCCGCCCCGGGGGGCGCCUCGCCCGCCUCCUCCUCCUCGGCCGCCUCGUCCCCGACCUCGGGCCGCGCCCCCGCCAAUGCCGCCGCCAAGAGCCACCGCUGUCCCUUCCCGGGCUGCGCCAAAGCCUACUACAAGUCCUCGCACCUAAAAUCGCACCUGCGAACGCACACAGGUGAACGGCCCUUUGCCUGUGACUGGCCGGGCUGCGACAAGAAGUUUGCGCGCUCUGACGAGCUGGCCCGCCACCACCGGACGCACACGGGCGAGAAGCGCUUCCCUUGCCCACUCUGCACCAAGCGCUUCACCCGAAGCGACCACCUGACCAAGCACGCUCGCCGCCACCCUGGCUUCCGCCCGGAUCUGCUCCGGCGCCCGGGCGCACGCAGCACCUCACCCAGCGACUCCCUGCCCUGUAGCCAGGCUGGCAGCCCUGCGCCCAGCCCAGUGCCCAGCCCUGCACCUGCUGGCCUGUAGGGCCCUGGCUCCACCAGACCUCGGCAGGGCCACCAGCAACAGGACACACCUGCUCUCCGGGGCUCCUGGCCAGGACCAGCUUGGGUCCCAGCCCUCCACCCUGCUCAGACACAGGAGGGGCCCGAUACUGGACCUGGGUCAGCCUGCCGAGGGGGCCUGGAGGGGGCCGGGGACCUGGUCUGUAAAUAGCCAUGAUUGUUAACUCUUCCCAUCUGUUCCCAGGGACCUUGGGUGGCAACCGGCCAGCCCUCCCCUCCCCCAUUGCCACCACCCCUGUCUUCCCCCAAGGUGAGGUUCAGGGGUGGAGCGGGGCCCAGGGGAGCCCCCUGCCCAGUGCGGUUACUGGGCCACCAGGCUCCUCCCUCCAGGUUGGGAAGAAGUCUGCACAGAGCCAUAGCUGACCAGGGGUUCCCAUGGGCCACUCCUGUCCCCACCCCACCCCACCCCACUGAAAGCCAUUGGAGAUGUUCAGGGAAAUUGGGGGGUGCCGCCUGGCCACCCCCCUGCUCGGGUACUCAAUCUCAGGUAUCCACAGAUGGUGCCCCUGGGAGGGGGAUGCUCUGCACCCCAGGCCUGCCCAGGAGAUGGGGAGGGGAGGGAGGGGCUGGAGUGGGUUCCCCAAGGAACGCUGGGAUUCCCUUUGGGGCGAGUGAGGUGGGCAGUGGGGAGGCAGGCGGUGUGUGAAUGCUGGUUUAUUUAUUUUCCUGGCUCUGCUGGCACGGGGUGGGGGUGGGAGCUCCCCUUCCUUGGUCGUGCGUGCGUGCGUGCGUGCGUGAGCGAGCGUGUGUAUGAGAGAGACUUAGAGGGAGAUUGGGACAAGGGUCCCUGCUUCCCCGCUGGGGCAGGGUCUCUGAUUUUGGCCUUUAUGGCACUGUGACCGACAAUCUUGUACAGGAAUCUCGUGGCCAUUAGGGUGGAUGCACUGUCCUUCCUGUCCAGAAGCUGGGUAGUAGAGCCCGAGGGGCAGGCAUGGCAGGGCUUUAAAGAGUCGCUUUCCUGCCCCUCAAAUCCCUGUCCCUCAGGGGUGCCUGGAAGUGGCCCCUGGGCCCUCAGAGUGCCAGCAGGUGAGCAGGCUAUUAGGCCUGCUGGGUAGCUCUUUUUUUUUUUUUUUUUUUGGAGUGUUUUUUCAGGCACCAGGUCCCUUUCUUGUUCUGGUCCCUGUGGGUGGGCCAUUGUCCUCAGGGGGUGAGUGUGGGGGAGGGUCCCUAGUCUGGACAUGGGGGUGGGAGCUGAGUUGCUGCUGUGGCUUGGAUUUCCUUUGAGGUCGGAGGGACAGAGGACCUCCCCCACCCUGGAGAGGAAGGGGACCCAGGUUCCCUGCCCAAGACCUCCUGGCUGUCUGCUGGAGGAGGUCUGGAGCACUUGAUUGGCUUUCUCAGCCUUCCUGUCUCCUGACUGGGGGGCUUUAGGGUCUGGGGGUGUUCAUCUGUGCCUGCCUGAUCCAUGCUGUGCCCAGGGGGGCUCCAGGGAUGGGUCCUGGGGACCUGGUGGAGGGGGAAGGGCCUGCCCUUCUGGAGCUGGGCUCCGAGGGUUGCGCCCCCACGUCUCACUGUCAGGGCUGCCCAGCCUCCAGUGGUGGUGUUAGUGAUGCCUUAGUCCGUGGGCGGCGAGUUCCCUGUAUCUUGGAUGUGUCCUGCUUGGGCCCAGCGUGUCCCUGUGCCUGCCCUCUGUAAGGGGUAGGACUGCUAUUCCAGGUCCCAGGAAACACACAAUAGCGGUGUCCUCGACCCCUGCUGUCCAGGGUUCACUGGGACCUGGUCCCAUGUGUGGCCUCUGAAGGGUGGGCAGGAGGGACCCCAGGGGACAUGGGCUUUCCGUGGGUGGCUCCCCUCCCUCGCCCUGCCUGGGCUUUUCCUUGUAUUUAAUUAAUUAAACCCUUUUUUAAAGCCUG